GGAAGUGCCGGGCGCAGGGCGGAAGUGGCGACUGGGGCGGCUGAGGCUCAGAUGCCUGUUUCCAGCAGACUCUUAAAUACUCAGAAGCAGUGUGGAGAAUUAAGAUGCUCUGGUUUCAAGGAAAUAGCAUGCAACUUGCCAAACACUCCUUUCAACUACUCUUGAGAAAUCUCUCUGCUUCAGAGACUGCUCUGCCUGUGCUGACCUUAUUCACAAAGGAUCCAUGUCCCCUUUGUGAUGAAGCCAAGGAAGUACUGGAGCCUUAUAGAAACCGGUUUAUUUUACAGGAGGUGGACAUCACACUUCCCGAAAACUCUGCUUGGUAUGACAGGUAUAAAUUUGACAUCCCCGUCUUUCAUUUGAAUGGCCAGUUUCUGAUGAUGCAUCGAGUAAACCUCUCAAAACUUGAAAAACAGCUCCAGAAACUUGAGCAGCAAGGUGCAGGAGGCUAACACACACCCUCAUGAUUUUCUACCUUCUCUGUCCAGAAUGUGCUUUCCUGAGGAAAUGACUGUGUCUUCAAACUCCUUUUGUCAUUUUCGCACAGCUCUACAGAUGUUCUGAACUCAGUGGUGCCAAAUAGUGAUAUUCCUUUUGUGAUUAAUGGACGUACCAAUGUGGGAACUGUUUACGUGCUGGCAUUUUGUAAAAUAAGUGGAGUGUAUUGGCAGGGAGGGGAUGAUGGAAGGCAGGAGAUAUCCACUUGUUUUAUUUAUUUUACUCUUUUGUAUUACUGUGGAAGCAUCUCGCAUUCACUGGACAGAGCCGUUUAUAAGAAGAAGGCUCUGUGUCCCUGAUGCUGCCCUAAGGGCUUAACUUUUUAAUGAAAGAAUAAAUGUUCUUCCACUUGGUAGAUAAAGUGAAAUGUGAAUUGCUAAUAACUGAACACAGUCAAUAAAAGGAUGUUUUAACAAAUACAUCUGCAUGAAGUCUAUUUCAGAGGAAUUUAAUAAUACCUGUUUAAAAUUAGAGCUCAUUUUUUUGUACAGAAGAGAAUAAACUAUCCUAGCCAAAUUCAUUUCAUUUGAGAAAAACAAAAGACUUGAACCCCAAAAUGUAUGUAAGGAUCUCAACAUAUUUUAUACAUAGUCAGUGAACUGAUUUGUAAUAUCUGAGAACUGCCUUUCAUAGUUUUUCAGUUAUCAUCAAUUGAGUUAAUUGAGCAUAUUUUAAGACAGUGGUUUUAUCAGAUUUUAAUAUCUUGGGGAAAAUUCAUGUUGGGCCAUAAUUGAACAGGUAUGUCGCCUAAAGACAAAAUACUCUUUACCACCUUAUAUAAAGUAUUAAAAAUGCAGUUGUGUUCUCUUAUAGUCAGGUUCAGCCAAUGGAGGAAUCAAUUCAUUUAAAAACUAAACUGCCCUUUUUUCUUAAAAUCACAUUGUUGCAAUUUCAUCUAUAAUGAAAUUCUUUUGUGAACUAUUUCAAUAAAUUUGGAUGUUGUGAGUCA